AAAGCAGUUUCCGUUCAGUCGGCACCAAAGCGGCCGGGCGUAGCAGGAUGGACGCCGUCGAGGACGCCAAGGCCGCGGGGAAUGGAUACCAAACUGUGCGCACUCCAUCGCCAAGUGGCAACGAGCACUCACAUAGCUGCUCGGAAAAAGUGGAAUUGGAGAUUGAACUGCCGCCGGCAGUCCGAGAAGACAUUGCAUUACGAUAUCGGAACGAACAGAUUUACGUGGACAAAGCCCAAACUGAAGCUGAUACCCUCGAGAUCCGCGUGUUUCGCGCGCUUGAGAGCGUCUUGUGCUUUCUAAAAAAGACGACGUUGUACGAAGCGCGGAAGGUGUUGAAAUUCGUCAUCAUUUGGCAAGGAGCGCUGUGCACAAUUCGAUUUCUCCCGAUUCUACUGGGCUAUUCGUUUCGAUCAACAGUUCCAGUAUUCAUCAUGUACCUCACCCUCAUCUUCGGCUGGCACGGGUGCAAUCACUUGGUACCAAGGUCUCUUCUCCUCUACAAAAUCGGCAUGCAAGUCAGCAUCGUCGUGGAUGUCCUGUGGUAUGCCCUCGGGUGGAACGGAUCUCCGACGUCCACCGGUGGCGCGGACGAAGAAGAAAACUUGUCCAAGGAGACAGCAUACUGGAUCCACCUCGUGCUGUCCGUGGUUGUGUUUGCAUGCAACAUCACGGGGCUCCUGUACGGGUGGAAACUGCGCCGCGUUGUAAACUCGGUCGUGAACCAACGCGAAUGUGAACGGGCAGCGCUUGUUGCGGAGCCUAAGGUGUCCAAGGUUGACAUGAAUGAGCCCCCGCCGAAGCGAAGCGUGUCCCUGGGUGGCGCGAAUCCCAAGUUCACGGCCAACACCAUUCGAACGAGCAAGUACACGCUAUGGAACUUCGUCUUUGUGUUCUUCAAGAUGCAAUUCAGCCGUCUCGCCAACGUGUACACGUGCAUUGUUGUGACGCUGUGUUUUUUCAGUUUCUCUCCUGUUGGGCCGGAGGCGAGCCUCAUUCCGCUUCUAAUCGUGUUCACGACGGCCGCCAUCAAGGACGUGUCGGAAGAUUUGCGCCGUCAUAAGUCCGACUUUAAGGUAAACUCGAAACCCGUCCGCAUUCUCCGCCAAAACGACACGAUCGACGACGGCAUUGUCCGGAGUUGGAAGGACGUUGUCGUCGGCGAUUUGCUCGUGCUCAAGGAAGGCGACGAAGUGCCGGCAGACUGCCUUGUCCUCGCCACCGACAACAAGAGCGGUAUGUGCUACGUCCAAACAGCCAACUUGGACGGCGAAACCAACAUGAAGAUCCGCCAAGCGCUGACGACGAACCGAUUUGCGAGCCCGAAACAGCUCCAGUCGCUCAACGUAACGGUAUCGUGCGAUGCCCCGAACAAAAACAUGUUUGAGUGGAGUGGGUACGUCGACAUCAACAGCGAAUACCUCCCGGCAUCCAUCGACAACCUCCUCCUGCGGGGGUGCGACCUCGUGAGUUCCGAGUGGACUGUCGCGCUUGUUUUGUACACGGGACCGGAGACCAAAAUUGCUCUGAACGCGUCGGACGGAGUUAAGAAGAACAAGCGAAGCCUCGUCGAGCAGUCGUUGGACAACAUGUUUGUCAUUGUGCUGGUUGUGCUGUUUACAAUUUCGCUGUACUGCUCCCUUGGCAACCGGCGGUGGAGCACAACCAACUCGACGCUGGCGUCAAUUUACCCAGACUACCUCGACGGCGUCGCGGUCGUAACAAAAGAGUCGAAGAAGUCCGACUACAUCUUCCUGAGCUACGUGAUCCUGUUCAACAACUUGAUCCCGCUGUCCAUGUAUGUGACGAUGGAAGGAAUCCGAUUUGUUCACGCGCGGUACAUCGAGAGCGACUUGGCCAUGUACGACCCGGUGUCCGACAUGCCGGCGGAAGCGCGCAACAGUAACAUCAACGAAGACUUGGGCCAGAUCCAGUACAUCUUUUCCGAUAAAACUGGCACUCUCACGCGGAACGAAAUGGUGUUUGCAAAGUGCACCGUUGCUGGGCUCAAGUACAACGACUUGGACUUGGACAAGUCCGCUCGCCCUGGAACGCGGUUCAACGACUCCCGCCUCUUGCAUCGCCUCAACAACAAGCACGGAUCGGCCCACAACAUCCACGAGUUCCUGACACUCUUGAUGGUGUGCAAUACUGCGAUGCCGCAAAUGGAGAACGGAGAGGUUCGGUACCAAGCAGCUUCUCCCGACGAGCAAGCGCUAUGCCUUGCUGCGCACGAUCUCACGUACUGCCUCAAAAGUCGCAGCGGAUCCAAGUGCGAGGUCUCGAUUCAAGGCGUCCCAGCCGAAUUUGAUAUCCUCCACGUGAUCGAGUUCAACAGCGACCGCAAGCGCAUGUCGGUGAUCUGUCGCACCCCGUCAGGACGGAUCAACAUCUAUUGCAAGGGGGCAGACGACGUGAUCUUCGACCGGCUCGACCCUGGCCAACCCCAAGGCGUGCUCCACGUGACGAAAGGCCAUUUGCAGGACUAUGCGUCGCAAGGGCUGCGAACACUGACCACUGCUAUGCGCGAGAUUCCUCUGGAAGAGUACACUGCGUGGAAGGUCAUCUACGACGACGCGGAAGCGUCGAUGGACAAAGGCAAGCUCGCCGCUGCCGCAGAGCUCGUCGAGUGUGGGUUUCGUUUGCUUGGAGCGACCGCAAUCGAAGAUUUGCUCCAGGAAGGAGUGGGCGAGUGCAUCACGUCGUUGCGAAAAGCAGGGAUCAACUUUUGGGUCCUGACCGGCGACAAAAAAGAGACAGCGAUCAGUGUUGGGAUGUCGUCGGAAGUGAUUGACGACUCGAUGGACGUGAUCGUGCUAGACAGCAAAAACAAGGACCAGUUGACAGAAACCCUGGAAGAACUGUACUCACACAUGGUCGAGGACAAGUGGGGCACGAAGAAGGACGACGCGAUCUCGGUCGUCAUCUUCCAGACCCUCAAACGCGUGUGCGUCAUGGGGAUGAACUAUUUCCUGUCGAUGCUUUCGGGCAAGUACCGCAUCCUGCCCAAGAAGCGUCAUCGAAAACGGCGACCGAACAGCGACGCGAACAACAUCAAUAUGGAUGUGUAUCCACACCACGAAGCCAACGUGAGCUCGAUCAGCAGCGUAUCGACGGCGGUCGAUCCAUUCUCGAAAGAUUUUGAGCCCGUGUCUGUCCCCAUCCACAACAACCCGUCCACGGAAGACACGAUCGAAGACGACACGAUCGAGUACGCCAUGGUAAUUGACGGCAAGACGCUGGCGCUUGUGCUGGAUAACGACAUCAAGUACCUAUUUCUCGCCGUGGCGCAGCAGUGCAAGUCGGUCGUGUGUUGUCGGUGUUCGCCGUCGCAAAAGGCCGCCGUCGUUCGACUCGUGACCGAGCCAACAUUGCUCUGGACACCUGGAAACGUCAGUCUUGCAAUCGGCGAUGGCGCGAACGAUGUUCCGAUGAUCCAAGCGGCAAGCGUCGGUGUCGGGAUCAGCGGCAAGGAAGGGCGCCAGGCCGUGCUGUCAAGCGACUACGCGUUUGCCCAGUUUCGAUUCCUCAAACGGUUGGUGCUCGUGCACGGGAAUUACAGCUACAAGCGCGUGUCGAAGCUGCUGCUGUUCUCGUUUAUGAAGAACAUUGCGUUGUCGUUCACUGGUUUCUUCAUGGCGCCGCAGACACUCUACAGCGGCCUCCUCAUGUACUUCAGCAUCCUCUUUACUCUCUACAACGCACUGUUUUCGACGAUUCCGAUCGUGGUCCUUGCCAUGUACAACCAAGACGUCAGUCCGGCCGCGCUGAUGCAAUACCCGACACUCUACCACAAUGGACUGGACAACCGGUCGUUCAACAUGUCGAGCUUUCUCGGGUGGUGCAGCUUGGGUAUUUGGCAUGCGUACGCCGUCAGCAGCGUUCCUUUCACGUGCGACGGCUAUUUCUUCAACUGGUUCACGGACGACGAGACCGAUGUUGCUGUGUUCCAUGGCCAGCCGCUUGGGCUGUGGGCGGAUGGCGUGGCGUCGUACACAUACCUGAUUGUGUCGUCGACGUUUCAAAUUUCGCUGCUCACGAGCAACUGGACCAUGCCAAACGUUGUGGGGGUGUACGGGACGUUGGUGUUUUACUUUGUCUUCAUGUGGUUCUUCUCGUCGGCGUACAGCAUCUUUGACGUGGACGUUUUGGAAAUUUACGAAGCCACCAAUGUGUUUCAGCAACUGAGUGGCGAGGCGUGGUUCUGGCUCGGCAUGGUCAUGACUGGCGUUGUUGCCGUCCUCCCCAACUUCAUCCUGCGCGCCGGCCGCGUCCUGUUUUACCCCGAGCCGUCGCACUUGAUGCGGGAGUGGAAUAAAAUGCCGACAGACGAAGCGUACCGCGACGAGACAGUGCACGUAAGCCCUCGCAUGAUCCGCAACCAAACAGGCUUUGCGUUCUCGGAAGGUGCCCCGAUUGAAGCCCAAACAAUCGUCCGAGCUACGUCGAAAUGACGACAGAAUUCAUUAUUUUAUUCUACAACGCCACGUGCGCGUCGUCCUUGUCGAAUGCAACCAUCGAGGCUUGGCCUGCCCAUGGCGUUGCAACCUGGACUUGAUACGUUGCGCUUGAAGACGUCGUUGACUGCAUCUGUAUGCAUCUAGGAGGGUAGUGACUCCCGAUUCCGUUUGUAUGCGAAGUAGACAAGAUUAACGGCGGAGGUCGAACCUCAUCGUUCGGCGUGCCGCAUCGACGCCGUACACGUCGCUCAACAGAGUUUGAUGGUCGAAAUGCUGGCAACUUUCGUGUUGAAGGUGCGGUGCAGAGUGGGGAAGGCGGCGCUGGAGGCCAUUCACAUGGAUACGCUUCCAUCAAAGAAAAAGCCCCACACUUGUAUUUGGGUCGGAACAUGUAAACUAGUAAAUCCAUCGGGCGGCGGCAGCAUCACAACGACCGAUGAAAGGCGCCGCCUCCGAACG